UCAACGAGCAAGUCUCUUUAUCAUUCACUCUUCAGGUAUUCGAGCUAGUCUCUUACCUUUUUUUCUCGCUUUUAGUUUAUUCCCAAAGACCCGGUGUCUUAAUUCUUUUCACUCUACCUAUUCAAACUUUUUUCCAAGUCUGCAAGCCAGCAAAUCAAUAUCAUUAAUUUACCCAAUCUUCACGUUUACUAAUAAAUCCCCCCCACCUAAACCUUACUCAUCAUGUCUACCUCUGCUGCCGGAACCACUUUCAACCUCCGAACUCCCGCCCACAUCAAGAGCUGCCACGUCACGGGCUCUUGGGACAACUAUGGCAAGCGUUACCAGAUGACUCCCGACCCCGCUGCCGGCGCCGGAUACUGGACUUUGACGCUCAAGUUCGGUGCCACCAUGGCUCCCUCGCGCUACUUCUACUACUUCAUCCUCGAUGGCUACUUCGAGUCCCACGACCCCAACAUGCAGACUAUUGUCGAGCCCAGCCGCAAGCUGACUCUUAACAUCCUCGACUACGGUAUUCCCUCCUCGCCCGCUUCGACCACCUCGUCCCGCUCGUCCCGCCGUUCUUCCCCCUCUUCCGUGUCCUCGCCCACUUCGUCCGUGCGCUCCUCGAAGCGCUCCGGAGGUGUCUACGACCUGCCCUCCCCGCUCGCGGAUUCGUCCGAGGACUACUACCACCACUCCAACCAUGGCCGCACUCGCUCUCCCCACCGCCAACAAUCCGAACUAUCGUACCUCGUCCACCCCCAGCCCCGCAACCCCUUGGCUGCCCACAAGCUCACUCUUGACACCAACUACUACGCCGGCCGACCCGUCAGCGUCAUGACCCACGCUGCCACCACUGCCGGCGCCGGGAGCCCGUCCUCAUCUCGCUCCGGAUCUUCUUGCGGGUCGCUUUCGUCCCGCGGAUCUUCCCCGCUCACUCCCUACGACAGUGAUGAUGAGGACCGCUACGUGCGCUACGCCCCGGCCCCCAAGGGUGCUGAUGAGGACCUGUCCUACCGUCUUGAGCGCAGCCUCCGCAUGUAAAUUCGUCACCGAUAAAUUUGAAUAGUCUCAGCGCCACUGCGCCGACUGUUUCUACCCCGACGAUAAUACGAGCUCAGGCCCUACCGACUGACGAAUCUUAUACGAUUAUUUUGAGUGUGUGUGUGUGUGUGUGUGUGU